UGAACCCGAAGAGGAACAGCCAAUCAAAUUAUUUCACUUAUCUCUGUUGGCGGGAAUGCUACACUUUUUAAGUUCUUUGUUGGAAAAAUGAUAUUUUUUUUUUAUAUUUUAGUCAUCUUAGAAAAUUUAUAGUAACUUCAAUCUAUUAUGUGUGAAAUGAGCGUAAUUUUGCAAAAUGAAUUGCCCGUAAUAAGGGAUUUGGACGCACUUUUAAGGUGUGGAAUAUGCUAUGAGUAUAUGAAAACAUCCAUGAUCACUACGUGUUCCCAUAAUUAUUGUUCACUAUGCAUUCGCAAAUCACUGAUGUAUAAAUCACAGUGCCCAGCAUGUUUUGCGGAGGCAUUUGAAUAUCAGCUGCGUAACAACAGAAUUCUAGAUGAUAUAAUUGAAGUUUUUAUUAUACUAUCAGAUGAAAUUAAAUCAUUUAUGCAAAACUAUGGGAAAUUUUCACCCCAGAAUAAAGCAAAUACAGUACCUGAUUUUCUUCAAAAUUCAAAUUUGUUAUCAGAUCUCAGAGGACAAAAUGAUGUUAUUAGUGAAGGAAUUAUUCAUGAUGUAUCUUCAAACCAGAAAGAUACUAGGGCAGCCUGUGGGAAGAUGUCUGAAUCUACGGAUACACCAACUACAUCAUCUUACGUAUCUGAGUCACAGAACAUAACAAUGACUAAAGCAGAACUAGGUGAUGUAACGUUGCCAGAUGCGGCAUCUGUAAAGCAACCAUAUCCGUCACCAGAUCAUAAAAGAAUGGUUUCUGAAGGUGAUGUGUCGAUUCCAUCAAUAUUCAGUUCAAGGAGGAAACACAAUACUACUGACAAUUUAGUCCCAUGUCCUGUAUGUAGCAUUGACAUUCCAGAAAAGAAUAUCAAUGUACAUUUAGAUGCAUGUUUGCAAAGAGCAGAGCAGUCCGACCAACAUAGUUCUCCAAAAAAAGUACAGAAGAGAAAGCCUUUACCAAAACUGGUAUAUUCUUUACUUCAAGACAGAGAAUUGAGAAAGAUCCUAAGACAACAUGGCUUAAGCACGCAUGGUGACCGUAAAGCUCUUAUCAUCCGACACCAGAGAUUCACUUUACUAUACAAUUCAGACAGUGACACCUUAAAUCCAAGGUCAACUGCUGAUAUAAUUAAGCAGAUUGAGAGGGAGGAGCAAGAAGAAAAGAAAGUUUGCAUGGCAGCCAACACUUCAAAUAAGCUGAAAAUAGACAGAAAAAUGGAUCCUAAAUUGAUCGAACAGGCUCAGCAACAGUACAUACACCAGAAUAAAACCAGUUUUGAAAAACUGAUUCAGUCUAUUCGAGAACGAGAAGCAGAAAAGAAAACUUCAGUUAAGCAAAAUUUCGUUAUAAAUGAUGUGGAAAAUGAUUUUGAAGACACCGUCAAAGAAGCAGGUGUGCAAAAUGUAGUUGGGCUGAGGGUCAUCAUGAAGAACUGUAGUGCUGAAGAAGACAGUGAUGCCAUAAAGAAUGAAUAUGACCUGAAUGAUCAUUCUAGCAGUAUGUCAUCAAAAAAUGUGACUAGUAUGAUCAGUAAUCUUGGUGAUAAGGUGAACCAUAAUGACAAUAUCAGUGAGACAACAUUUGAUGUGAAUUAUGAAGGUGACACGGAUGAUACUCUGUCCCCAGUUCUAGGCAGACAUACAGUCACUGAUUGUUCAAGAAAGGAAAUUGAGAAGACACGUUAUGAAAGAGAACCAUCCCAGAAUUUAACUCCAGACAUGUUUGAGAAGAGUUUGUCCAUGCCGUGCAGCAAGAAGUAUAGUUCUUCAGUAAAACAGUCACAGGAAGUUGAGAGGGAUGACGAGCGUGAUGCAGGUAGCAGCCAAAGCUUCAGUCUUCUAGCAGAACAAAUACAAGCACUUGCUGUCCGGCCCUCUGGAGAUCAACACAGGCACUGGCCAAUCAGAGCUCACAAUUGCAGCUGCACUGCUAGCUCUGUCCAGCGGUAAUGGUAUAAAAGUGCACUGCACUUCUUCAGUCCACCGAUCACAGCCAUCAUAGCUACAUUGACAUCAUGAAGCAGCUGCUGCUGUAACUCUCCAGUAACAGCACAAAGACAACAGACUCUGCCAGCACACGCGCCACAGGCUGCUGAUCCUACCAGCGCAUGCACUGCCACAUCACUGGCCAGCCAGACCUGCCGAACUGCCAUAAAGAAGACCAGUUGAACAAACGGUCCCUUUCAGGGCCAGCAAACUCUUUAUCGUUGCCACCGGGCCGAGCUGACCGCUACGGAAGGAGUCACUGCCAGUACCCU